AUGAGAUCUUUCUAUUCCGCGCUCACUGGAAUCACCGCCUCAAUCUCUUUGCUUACUAGCACAGAAGCUGUCCUUCUCAGCAAUGGAACCGCUAGCAACAGCACCGUCGGUGGGAGCUGCUCCGGCGUUCAGAAGACCGAUGAAACGUCCUUCUACUCCGUUGUUGGAGUGCAAGGAACAGGAGUACACCCAAGACAGGAGCUUCGGGAGCUUGAACAAGAUACAGAAACAUGGAACCUUUUCAUACAAGCCUUUGCGCGAUUUCAAGCUAUGGAUCAAAGCGACAAAGCGUCGUACUUCCAGAUCGCGGCUCCUUUUGUACAAUGGGACGGAGUCACAGGAGCGGGACUGACGGGAUAUUGCCCCCACGGAAGCAAUGUCUUCUUGCCUUGGCACCGCCCAUAUCUCGCCCUCUUUGAGCAGGUCCUCCAAAGAAAGGCGAUCGAGAUCGCCACCGAGUAUCCUGCAGGUGAUGCCCAGAAGAAUGCCCUUUCGAUUGCCAGCCGUGUUCGUUUGCCAUACUGGGACUGGGCCCUCAACCCUGGGAAUAACAGCGAAGGUGUCAUGCCAACAUCCCUCCGAAGCGAGUCAGCCACUGUGACUUUCCCGAAUGGGACUUCCAGAGAAAUUCCGAAUCCGCUUUAUGCGUACCGUUUCCAUCCAUUGAGAUAUGACGAUUUCUCUGCGCUCGCCGAGUAUGAAUUCAAGGACUGGAAUACAACAAUACGUCUCCCUGAGAACGGAACUUCGCCGACAGCGACGAGCCGCAAUGAUGUUGCUAACGAACGCGCUACCACAGCUCAGCCUGGCAAUCGUGAUACGCUCUACAAACUCUUGACUACCUACCAAUCCUUCAACGAAUGGAGUAACGCGGCUGGUGGAAGUGAAAUCGGGAAUAUAGAGGUGCUCCACAACAGUUUUCACAACAUGUUUGGAAUGGGCAGCAUGGGAAUCGUGGAAGCAUCGGCUUAUGAUCCUGUGUUCUGGUUUCACCAUUGUCAAAUGGACCGCCUUAUGGCGAUCUACCAAUAUCGAUAUCCGGACACCUGGGUGGAGGCAGCGUCUCAGUACAAAGCCACGUACUACUAUGAAGCGAACAGCAUUCAACAUGCCAAUUCUCCGCUCGAACCGUUCCACAUGAACGCCAACGGCGAUAUGUGGACAUCUAACCUCGUUCGGAAUUGGACUUCCUUCGGUUACACCUACCCUGAGUUGGCUGAGAACCCACUCAACACCACGCUCACUACUACCAUCAACAAGCUCUACAAGCCGCAUACUCAGGGCCUUGACAGCAGUAACUCUACUGGCAAUUCUUCUGGCCCUGUUACCAACAGCAGCAUGAAAGCGACUGACUGGAAUGCUCAAGUCAAAAUGCCUGCCGACAUUCAGGUAUCUUACUCUGUACGAUGCUUCUUGGGCGAGCCAAGUUCCGAUCCAACGCAGUGGCCGACAGAUCCGAACUACAUUGGCCAGGUGGCGACGACAUCUUCUCCACGCAUGAGCUCCAACAUAACGUUCGCUUCUACCGUUUCCUUGACCGAGAAACUGUAUAAGAAGUUCCAAGCUGGCGAGCUGACGAGCUUGGCGGACGAAGCUGUCUCAGCCUUUCUCGAGAAGAACUUUCACUGGCGUAUUCAAGCGCUGGACUACACUGAGAUCCCGCGGUCUUCGCCCCCCAAGGGAUUGAAUGUGACCGUCUUCAACGUACCUAUCUCGAUCCCGAAGAAUGACACAGACGUACCGAAGUGGACCGGAUCGAAAGAAUUCAAGCCCCAAAUCCACGGAAAUCCGCCCAAGAGCGCAGUUGGCGCUCCGCUUGCUGGCAACACUGAUGGCUGGAAUGCUACCAGUGGAACAUGGCAUUGGAGCAAUGCCGACGAGGCAGCUGAAUCCAGCGCCAUUCGUCAAAUUGGGACCCCGACUUUUGCCGCACCCUCGAGCAGCGUGACAGCUGGUCCUGGGGAGGCUGUUGAAGUCACUACAUUGCCUAAUGGCCAGGUAGUGACCCACGUGGUUACGGUUGUCGUCACGGUUACAGCAGGCGCCGAGCCCGCUGAAACAAGCUCUGCGAGUUUGGCAGAAACCGAGACCGCGACGCCUGUCACUGCCGCGGUCGGUAGCGUGACACCCGUUCCUGGCGAGUCUGUGGAGAUCGUGACGCUGCAAUCUGGUGAGAAGAUCACCAGGGUCGUCACCGUUGUUGAGGAGGUCACAGUGUUCUUGCCAGCACCGACUGCCUGAAGCAUGUACUGCGUUGCCACAGC